AUGACUGAUGAAGAUGUUGUUAGUCACACUCCAACAAACCCUAAUGUUGGAGAAAACGAUCUCGACCUCAACCUGAAUGAGGAUGCUACACCAUUGUCUCCCCGUAGUGAACGCUUAAGGAAACAACUUAUGACUUUCGUUCAACAAACUUUUGAACAUCAUAAGCAUGACAUAGAAAAGGGUAAAGAGAAAGAGCUGGGUGGUCUCUCAAAACCCAAAUCUGAACGGGUCUCGUUUAAAAGCUUCAGAAGUAGUGGUGCUACUGAAUUCACUAGACUCUCUGACCCGGUAAUCGCGGUGCAGUGGCUUCAAAACACUGAAAAACUAUUUCGAAUUUCCCGAGUGAUGAAUGAGGAUAAAGCGAAUUAUGCUAGUGCAAUGUUGACAGAGCGUGCACUCACUUGGUGGGAUGCAACUUUUGAAUCCCUGACUGAAAAUGAACGAGAAAGCUUGACCUGUGAGUCUUUCAAGACUCGUUUCCGUGAGCAAUUCUGUCUGAUCGACUUGCAACGAUGGCUUGAGAAAGAAUUAUUGGAACUCAAGCAAGGGAACAUGUCUGUGAUUGAGUAUGAGACUCAAUUUAAUCGUAAGGCACGUUUUGCCUUACGAUUCUUAUCUUCUGAACAUGAUCGAAUAGAGCAUUUUGUUGAUGGUCUGAGGAGAGAAAUUCAGGAGUUUGUUAUUAAUCGUGAUAUUCCGAGUUUCAAUAAAGCUGUGGAGUAUGCUCGUCGCUGUGAACACGAUUUAACGAAAUUUGAGGAACCAACUUCUGAAUCAAAAAGGCAACAAACUGAAAGAACCUUCUCUGUACCUACUCAGUGA